CCGCCCUCCGGCCAGACACGCCAGGCUCUCAGUCCCAGCCCAUGGAUCUGCGAGUGGGCCAGAGGCCCCCAGUGGAGCCCCCGCCGGAGCCCGCGCUGCUGGCCCUGCAGCAUCCCCAGCGCCUGCACCGCCGUCUCUUCCUGGCGGGCCUGCAACAGCCACAGCGCCCAGCGGAGCCCAUGAGGCUCCCAAUGGACGCACCCAUGCCGGAGCUGCAGGGGGGCCCGCAGGAGCAGGAGCUGCGGCAACUUCUCAAUAAAGACAAGAGCAAGCGAAGUGCGGUAGCCAGCAGUGUGGUCAAGCAGAAGCUGGCUGAGGUGAUCCUGAAGAAGCAGCAGGCGGCCCUUGAGAGAACAGUCCAUCCCAGCAGCCCCAGUAUUCCCUACAGAACUCUUGAGCCCUUGGAUACAGAGGGUGCUGCCCGCUCCAUGCUUAGCAGCUUCCUGCCUCCAGUGACCAGCCUGCCCACUGAAGCCCCGGAACACUUUCCCCUGCGUAAAACAGUGUCUGAGCCCAACCUGAAGCUGCGCUAUAAGCCCAAGAAAUCCCUGGAGCGGCGCAAGAAUCCCCUGCUUAGAAAGGAGAGUGCCCCGCCCAGCCUUCGGCGGCGGCCUGCGGAGACCCUUGGAGAUUCCUCCCCCAGUAGCAGCAGUACACCAGCCUCGGGGUGCAGCUCCCCCAAUGACAGCGAGCAUGGCCCCAACCCCGCCCUGGGCUCAGAGGCGCUCUUGGGCCAGCGGCUGCGGCUGCAGGAGACUUCUCUGGCCCCGUUCGCUUUGCCGACCAUGUCCUUGCUGCCCGCAAUCACACUGGGGCUGCCUGCCCCUGCCAGGGCUGAUGGUGACCGCAGGACCCAUUCGACUUUGGGCCCUCGGGGUCCUGUCCUGGGGAACACCCAUGCUCCGCUUUUCCUGCACCAUGGUCUGGAGCCAGAGGCUGGGAGCACCUUACCCUCUCGCCUGCAGCCCAUUCUCCUGCUGGAUCCCUCAGUCUCCCAUACCCCACUGUGGACUGUGCCUGGGCUUGGGCCCUUGCCCUUCCAUUUUGCCCAGCCCUUACUGACCACCGAGCGGCUCUCUGGGUCAGGCCUCCACCGGCCACUUAACCGGACCCGCUCAGAGCCCCUGCCCCCCAGCGCCACUGCCUCCCCUCUGCUGGGUCCCCUGCAGCCCCGCCAGGAUCGGCUCAAACCUCAUGUCCAGCUGAUCAAGCCAGCCAUCUCCCCUCCCCAGAGGCCUGCCAAACCGAGUGAGAAGCCCCGACUGCGUCAGAUACCCUCAGCAGAGGACCUAGAGACAGACGGUGGGGGAGCGGGGCCUGUGGCGAACGAUGGCCUGGAACAUAGGGAGUCAGGCCACGGGCCUCCCACGGGCAGAUGCCCUGUUUCUCUGCAGCAGCACCAACAGGUGCCUCUCUGGGAGCAGCAGCAUCUCGCUGGGCGGCUCUCCCAGGGAAGCCCCGGGGACCCUGCGCUGCUACCUCUGGCCCAGGCAGGACACCGGCCCCUGUCCAGAACCCAGUCUUCCCCAGCGGCACCCAUCUCCCUGCUGAGCCCAGAGCCCACCUGUCAGACUAAAGUCCUCAACAGCUCAGAGACACCCGCCACAGGGCUGGUCUAUGAUUCAGUGAUGCUGAAACACCAAUGCUCCUGUGGAGAUAACAGCAAACACCCCGAGCAUGCAGGCCGCAUCCAGAGCAUCUGGUCCCGGCUGCAGGAGCGGGGUCUCCGCAGCCAGUGUGAGUGUCUCAGAGGCCGAAAGGCCUCCCUAGAGGAGCUGCAAUCGGUCCAUUCUGAAAGGCAUGUGCUCCUCUACGGCACCAACCCCCUCAGCCGCCUCAAACUGGAUAACGGGAAGCUGACAGGACUCCUGGCACAGCGGAUGUUUGUGAUGCUACCCUGUGGCGGGGUUGGGGUAGACACUGACACCAUCUGGAACGAGCUGCAUUCCUCCAAUGCAGCCCGCUGGGCCGCGGGCAGCGUCACUGACCUUGCCUUCAAAGUAGCCUCCCGAGAGCUAAAGAACGGUUUUGCUGUGGUGCGGCCCCCAGGACACCACGCAGAUCAUUCCACAGCCAUGGGCUUCUGCUUCUUCAACUCCGUGGCCAUCGCCUGCCGACAGCUACAAGAGCAAGGCAAGGCCAGCAAGAUCCUCAUUGUUGACUGGGAUGUUCACCAUGGCAACGGCACACAGCAAACUUUCUACCAGGAUCCCAGCGUGCUCUACAUUUCCCUGCAUCGCCAUGAUGAUGGCAACUUCUUCCCAGGCAGUGGGGCUGUGGAUGAGGUGGGGACUGGCAAUGGCGAAGGCUUCAAUGUCAAUGUGGCUUGGGCUGGGGGCUUGGAUCCACCCAUGGGGGAUCCUGAGUACCUGGCUGCCUUCAGGAUAGUGGUGAUGCCCAUUGCCCGAGAGUUCGCUCCGGACCUGGUCCUGGUGUCCGCCGGGUUUGAUGCUGCCGAGGGUCACCCAGCCCCGCUGGGUGGCUACCAUGUUUCUGCCAAAUGUUUUGGGUACAUGACACAGCAGCUAAUGACCUUGGCAGGAGGCGCGGUGGUGUUGGCCUUGGAGGGUGGUCAUGACCUCACAGCCAUCUGUGAUGCCUCUGAGGCCUGUGUGGCUGCUCUUCUGGGCAACAAGGUGGAUCCCCUUUCAGAAGAAGGCUGGAAACAGAAACCCAACCCCAAUGCCAUCCGCUCUCUGGAAGCUGUGAUCAGGGUGCACAGGAAAUACUGGGGCUGCAUGCAGCACUUGGCCUCCCGUCCAGAUUCUUGGCUGCCCAGAAUGCCAGGGGCUGAUGCAGAAGUGGAAGCCGUGACUGCACUGGCGUCCCUCUCCGUGGGCAUCCUGGCUGAAGACAGGCCCUCAGAGCAGCUGGUGGAAGAGGAAGAACCUAUGAAUCUCUAGGACGUCAGGACAGAUCACCUACCCUUCAGACGUGGCUUUCCUCACCUCUCUGUCAACCCUGUUCCUGGGUCUGCAGAGACCCUCUGGGCAGGUAGUCAGGUCCAGAGCACAACCUACCCUGACAGCUACCCCAGGGAACUUGAGAAGGCCACUGGGUCUGGGAUGGGGACCAGGAGGGAUCCUGGGAGGAGGCAGGCUGGGCACUAGGGCUCAGCUGGACUCUUCUAGAACAGAUCCAGCCCUCUGGUGUCCAGGCCCCUAGCUGUGGCCUCCAUCCCUCAGGACUGCACAGAGGAGGGCUGCUUCAGGUGGGCCCACCACUACCACUAUUCUUAACUUGGAAGACCCCAGGUUUUGCACACCGCCCCAGGCUCCAUACAGAAAUGUGAACUUGGCCUCAGCCAGGGCGGCCCUUCCCAGGUUCUGAAGGGCUAGGGGAGGAGGAGCCACGGGUCCCCUAUUCCCAAGUACAGGAGAGUUCCUCUCACCUCCUCCUCAGUUGUCCUCUGGUAGCACUUCUGGGCUCAGAGAGCCAAUCUGAGCUGCUCUCUCCCUGUGAGUAGUCAGUCACCAGCAAGCCUCCCAUCUGGUCACUGUUCUGCCAGAGGCCACCCUAUGUGGACCAUCUCAGUGCCCUGGUGCAGCAGACAGGUGCUCUCCGAGUCCUGUGCUUCCUGACCCAAUGGUGCCAAACUUUCAUCUCCCCUUAAAAGCACAACACAGUCCCAGGGAUGCCUGGCCAUUGCUUCCAGUGUGAGCCUGCCUUCUGUUUCUGGGGUUUCCCCCACCUCAGCUCUGACUGCUGCCCCACAUAGGACUAGCUUGGCGGAGGCGGGAUAAGGUAGGGGAGUAGAAAAACAUGGAGGCGGGGAGGCCACCCCAGAAGUCUUCAAGGCUUUUGCGGUCUAGGCCUGGGGCCAAGAAAGAGUAUUUGUGCGUAUGUGUGUGCGCGUGUGCGUGCAAGAGUGUGUGCGUGUAUGUCUUCCCAAGACCUGCCAUACCUUGUGUAUGUAUGCAUGUUUUUGUAAAAAAGGAAAAAAAAAAUGGAAAAAAAAAAC